UGAAAAUCUUGUUUUUACCAAUUCUAUCCGUUCUGCGCCAGAACGCGCAUCGCUUUUGGUACAGUAAUGGAUGACUGUCGGAUAGCGAGCCUGCCAGGCCACUGAAACUUUGUGAGCGAAACCUUUGAAUGAUGUGAGAAAGAGUUGGGGGGAAAAGAAAGAAAAACAAACGGUAACUUUCCGAGCCAUCAGCCGGCAACACCCUCCCGCUUAUUGAUGGUGCUUUCGGUUUAUUUAUUUUGUUUUUUUUUUGCGUCACAAGUUGAUAUGUUUAUAACAAUUUCAUUUUAUUCAAUUUGAAAUAAAAUAUUAAAGCAGUAGCUUCAAUUGGUGGUCAGGAACAAGCACUCGAUUUGCUGCGAGAACUGCAGCGGCUGAACAUCGAUCUGGAUAUACUAACCAAAACACGCAUCGGUAUGACCGUGAACGAGCUUAGAAAGUGCAGCAAAGAUGAUGAAGUUAUCAGCUUGGCUAAAUCGUUGAUCAAAAGUUGGAAAAGAUUUCUGGCGGCGACGCCUCCUUCCAAAGAGUCUACCAAGGAUUCGUCAAAAUCGUCGAGUAAAUCUUCGAGUAAGAGUAACAACAAAUCGGAUAGCAGUGGCGGCAAAAAAGAGUCUGAAAAGGAAAAGGAGCCUAAGAAACAUGCUCAGACUAGUUUUCCACCUCCUUCCAGUAACACUACCGAUGCUGUUCGCCUCAAGUGCCGUGAAAUGUUAACCAAUGCUUUGCGAGUGGAUGGGGAACCUCCGGAGGGUUGCCAAACUCCCGAAGAGUUGGGCGACGAAUUGGAGGAAGCUAUCUUUGCUGAAUUCAAAAACACCGACAUGAAGUACAAGAAUCGAAUUCGCUCUAGAGUGGCAAAUUUGAAAGAUCCAAAAAAUCCUAGUUUGAGAAGCAAUUUUAUAAGUGGAGCCAUCACAGCCCAACGCCUUGCCAAAAUGACACCUGAGGAAAUGGCUAGUGACGAAAUGAAAACAUUACGGGAUCGCUUUGUGAAGGAAGCUAUAAAUGAUGCUCAGUUGGCCACUAACCAGGGUACCAAAACCGAUCUUCUCAAAUGCGGUAAAUGUAAGAAACGUAACUGUACUUAUAACCAGCUGCAGACGAGAAGCUCUGAUGAACCGAUGACAACGUUUGUUUUGUGUAACGAAUGCGGACAUCGCUGGAAGUUCUGUUAAAGUGGAUGAGAUUUUCUCGUUUCUAUUUCAGAGGAAGUCUGAACUCUUCCAAAUCCCAGCGAUGAAGAGCGCAACCCCUAAUAUUUCCGAUUCACUUUUACGUUUAAGUGUUUGCUUACAAGCUUGUAAGGAGACUGGCUGUACCAGUUUUAAAACAGUCAAAUACAAUGAUUUUAGUUAAGUAAAACACAUCAUCUAGCACACAAGCACUAUCAGGAUUAGUAUCGCUUCAAUAUAACAAGCAAAUGAAUUGUACCUUUCAAUAAGCAGUUUGAAGAUUAUUCAAUUUGAUACAAAGUUUUGACUAGACAAAAAGGAUCACAUAUAAGAGAAUGCGUAGUCGAUUUUCAAUGCGUGAAGUGCUAUAUAUGUUCGGUUAUUAAGCUGGCGGAUAGCUUAUAUAAUGUUAAAAAAUUUGAUUGUAAUCCAUCAAACAGCGACAAUUGAAACCCGAUUUGUUAAUUUAAUCUCCUAAAGUAACAGAACAUUACAGUGUGUAAUAAAGUAAAAAUAUGAAACGUA